AUGAGCGAUUUGAAUGACAGAGAAAACUCGUAUAUAAUACGGCCACAAUUUGAUCAGAAGUUCAGGCCGUCGAUUGUCAAAACCUUCUUGAAUGAAAUAUUGAAGGAACGGCUGACGAAUGAACAGUAUUCCUGCACCGCACUUGCUGACGAAAUAAAGUACUCACUCAAAAAGAAUCUCCCACUGUCGAAAUACCGGUAUCUGGUUCAAGUUGUUAUAGGUGAACAAAGAGGUCAAGGAGUGAAGGUUGCAUAUCGAUGCUAUUGGGAUCCGGACGCUGAUAACUACGCUGAAGCAACUUUUAUGAAUGAUUCUCUUUUUUGUGUUGCCACUGCAUUUGGUGUGUACAGUUACUAA